AUGGGAGUUUUCGUCAUCGCAUAUGCUGACGAUAUCCUGAUACUGGCUCGCGGGAUAGACUUAACUUUAAUUCUCAGACUCGCACAUCGGCCCUGGCGGCUCUCGUUUUCAAUCACUUUGACCUUAAGCCUGCUGGAGAAGUGCCGAGAAGCCUUUGGAGAAAUAGCGGGGAACAACAAAGUUUCUCUGGUUUUGGUCCCAAGCCAUAUGAGCGUCAGGGGAAGCGAGGAGGCAGACCGGUUGGCUGGAAAAGCCACACAAAGUGAACCUGAAACCGAAGAACCAGCAAUAUACAUCCCACAAGCAUAUGUGAAAGGGUGUAUUAAUAGCUGGACCAGAAAGAAACAUACCAAGUUCUGGACCAAGUAUGAGGGAAGGCAAAACGCCAGGUCCCUUCUGGUGGAUAAUCCUAAAAGAGUUGGUGACCUGGACAAUAAAUAA